CGAAGAAAAUAUCUUAAAAACGUUAAUAUUUCAAGACCUUAUUAAACAUUUCGUUGGUCCGUGCGUAAUCAAGAGUUACGUACCUUGCUAGAACUCUCUUACUAAGCGUAUCUUAUGUAAAUAGCACAUUUGUCCUCCAAGAUAUUGACCAAUUCCUGUCAAUUUCCAAAUGGCGUCCAAUUAUGCUCAGAGAAUGGCACGAUUGUCAGCACGGAUAUUUGGAGAAGUUGUACGACCUAUUCCCAAGAAAACCAACCGACUAUUUCGAUUGUUCAAGGAUCGACCUUAUAAUAUGGAUCCUCAUGUUGUUGAUUAUUAUCCACCUUUAAGAGAGAUAAACUCACUCAUGCUGAGACUUCGCAACCACGGCUUGUUCAGAGAUGAACAUUUAGAUUUCAAAGAUGAAAUGAAACGACUACGUGUACUUCGUGGCAAAACGAAACCCAAGAAAGGAGAAGGAAAACGAGCAAUGAAAAACAAAUAGCUUUACAAUAUUUUUGUUUAGAAAGUUUUAUUUAUAUUAAAACACAAAAUCAAUGUGAA